UAACAACCUUCCAUCAAUCAUUGACUCUCUUCAUGUCCCGACUGGUCUGAGAUCAGUCUGCUGCUGCUGCUUCGCCACACAUUUUAACGACUGUCUUCCAGCACACGCAGGUUUUACAAACGGAUGCUGCCUUUCUACUGAGAGUCGAAUGGAUAAUGGCCCACUGUAAUCUCCGGUCGCCAUCCUCCUCUCCUCAUGAUGACGUCAAUUUGGGACCUUCAGCGAACCCACAUGCCAAACCCACUGACUUUGACUUCUUGGCUGUCAUUGGCAAAGGGACCUUUGGAAAGGUGCUGCUGGCCAAGCUCAAAACCACCAACCAGUUUUAUGCCAUCAAGGUGCUGCAGAAGAAAGUCAUCUUGAAGAAAAAGGAGCAAAAGAACAUCAUGGCAGAGAGAAAUGUGCUGCUAAAAAGCCUCAAACACCCUUUUCUGGUUCGACUCCACUACUCCUUCCAGACGGCGGAGAAGCUCUACUUUGUCUUGGACUACGUCAAUGGAGGAGAGCUCUUCUUUCACCUGCAGCGUGAGAGAUGUUUCACAGAACCCAGGGCGAGGUUCUACACCGCAGAGGUGGCGAGCGCUAUCGGCUACCUUCACUCCCUCAACAUUGUCUACAGAGACCUGAAGCCAGAGAAUAUCCUCUUAGAUUCUCAGGGCCAUGUAGUGCUGACAGACUUCGGACUAUGCAAAGAAGGUGUUGAACCAGAAGGAACCACCUCUACCUUCUGUGGAACCCCUGAAUACUUGGCACCUGAGGUUCUACGCAAGGAACCGUAUGACAGGACAGUUGAUUGGUGGUGUCUGGGAGCUGUUCUAUAUGAGAUGAUCUAUAGUCUGCCUCCUUUCUACAGUCGUGAUGUAGGAGAAAUGUAUGACGGGAUCCUCCGGAAGCCGCUGCUGCUCCCUCCGGGGAAGUCCGAGGCCGUGUGUUCCCUGCUUGAGGGUCUCCUGCAGAAGGACCAGCACAGACGUCUCGGAGCUAUUGCCGACUUUUUAGAAGUGAAGAACCACACUUUUUUCUCCAUGAUCAACUGGGACGAUAUUUACCACAAGAGAAUCACUCCUCCUUAUAACCCCAAUGUGAGGGGCCCGGCCGACACUCAACACAUUGACCCCGAGUUCACCAGAGAAAUGGUUCCUAACUCUGUUAGUCGGACGCCUGAAUUCAACGCCGGCACAAGCGCCAACAAUGCCUUCAAUGGCUUCUCAUACGUGGCCAGCGAGGACAGCUUUCUUUGAGUUUGACGCCUCUUCAGGCGACAGCCUCUCAUCUUAUGGUUUAUCCAUUAGUACUAAAUUGAGUCACAACUGCAGCCAUUUUGACAGAAUGAGUAGUGUUGAAAGCAGCAUGGGGGAAGUGUAUGUAUGAAUGUUUUCUAACAGUCGUUCAGAGAAGGUAGAUUUUUAUUUUUUAUGAAUCAGAAUGGAACUAUUUCACUAUUUCAUCCUUUACAGGCUUGUCGUACAUUUAUUUUUAUGUUAGUCAAUAUGAAUUUGGCCUUCCCUGUUACAGAGUCAAAGAUGGUACGGUCCCUUGGUCUUAGCUCCCUCAUGCGCCACAGGAAGUGCUUACUAGGUAACAAAUGGACAAACAUACACAAAUAUGGCGCACCCCAAUUUUUUUUCAAUUGCAUUUAUUUAUUUAUUUAUGUAUAUUUAUCAUUCGGGUCAAGAUUGACUCGUCUGGUCCCUUCUUCCUGUGUCGCCCCCCCAUGAAGCAGGAAACCAACUUGAUGGACAAAUGAACACAAAUAUGCCAAAGCUGCAUCUUGUCUCAUUUGCAUACUCACAGUGAUUGGAUGUCACGGCCACGGAGAUGAACGAUAAGCAAAGCUGUCUUGUGCUGUUUUUCGCUGAGUUUUUACCUCUAAAAUUUUGAUACAUAGGCGGCCACCCAUUUAUUAGAGGGGGCAUUGACCCCCGCGCCCCACCGUAGACCGGCCCGUUGCUUCAGUGUGUAUUGUUUGUAAAUUAUACUUUGUAAUUGUUGUUUUAUGCAUUAUUUCAAAGGCUAGAUUAAGAAUGUUUAUGCAUUUGGCUUAUUGGAGAUGUACACAAUAACGUAUCUAUUAGGCAGCUUUGCAUUUGUGUUAAUAUAUGGUCUGUCACAAUGUAUUCAUGUCAGUUGAUUAAUGGUGCUCUUUAUAAAGCAGUGAGUUAUUAUUGUGUUAUUGUUAUUGUCAUUAUUUUCUUCC